AUGAGGCUGUCCCAAAGUUGCAUAUGUGCCCCCUUGAGAUUCAUCUUCUACUGCAGGUGUGCCUCCAAAGCCAUUCAAAGGAAUAGAAUGAGGAACUUGAUCAUCUACUGCAGGUGUGCCUCCAGAUAUUCCUCAUCUACUGCAGAUGGAUGGCCUUUUCAGGAAUCAAUUGCUUUACAUGAAGCUAUGAAGGAAACAAUUUCUAGAAGCGAGGGUUCAUGGUCUGGUUCUUCUUCAGAUUUUAUAUCAGCUGUACAGAAAGCUUUAGCCACUAAAACCCCUUUUGGAGAUGCAGAAAUAGAUAGAGCAUCAUUGAAGAUUGGAGAAAAGAAUGCAUCUGGAUCUUGUGGAGAUUUAUUCCCUGGAGAGUACCUUGGUGAGCAUGUUGCUGUCAAGAUUCUUAUAUCUGAACAUUUAAAUGAUGAAACAUUAGAGAAUGAAUUCGCUCAUGAAGUAGCAGAUCUAGAUGACAUCUUGAAGAAUGUUGAGUUGGAUGCUUUGAGGAUUGUAUUCAAUAAAUUCCAAUCUGUUGUCUCAUUUCUGCUUACAACUGCAAUUGUGUUGUAUCCUGAGAUCAUUAAUGCAAUCAUGAGUGGGAGAGAUGUUCUUGUGAUCAUGGCUGUUGGUGGAGGCAAAAGUCUAUGA